CUCUCGGUCGAAGUGAUUAGGAAGUCCCUGAUUCGGCAUUUCCGUUGGAGCCAUGACAGAGGUCGCUUCGUGGUUGGUUCUUUCCCUUGUGCUGACCUGUCAUGGCUUCGUUACCCGUGACGUCACCAAACAGCAACAAGCUAAUUUGUUCGAAUUAUCGGUCAUACAUCUCAAUGAUUUUCACGCAAGAUUUAUGCAGACGGGUCCUUCUUCUGGAACUUGUUACGAGGAGGUAAAAGAUAAAUGUCUCGGUGGGAUCGCUCGUGUUUAUACAGCCAGUCAUCGUUUAAUGAAAGAGAGGCGCAAUGCAAUUUUCUUGAACGCAGGAGACCAAUUUCAAGGCACUCUUUGGUACACGUUACAUAGAUGGAACGUUACGGCGACAUUUUUAAACAUGUUGCCCCACGAUGCUCUGACUCUCGGCAAUCAUGAGUUCGAUGAUAAAAUUCCUGGAGUGGUUCCGUUUUUAAAAAUGAUCGAUGCUCCAGUUGUGGUGGCAAAUAUUGAUGCAACUGAUGAACCAGAUAUGAAGGGCUUGUACAAGAAUAGUACGGUUCUUGAAAGAGGUGGCAGGAAAAUCGGCGUAAUUGGUGCCAUCAUCUCAUCUACUGAUACUCUCUCCAGUAGUGGCAAAUUAAAAUUCCUCGACGAAGUAGAGAGCAUCAACGAGGAGGCUAAAAAAUUGAAAGAUCGAGGAGUGGAUAUUAUCGUGGUCUUGGAUCAUUGUGGCUUGGAGAUUGACAGAAUCAUCGCUAAAAAAUGUCCGGACGUUGACCUAAUCGUUGGAGGACAUUCCCACACCUUUCUGUAUUCAGGUACACCACCUCUCAACGAUGUCCCAGAAGACGAGUACCCGGUCGUUGUGCAACAAGAAACAACCAAUAGAACAGUCUUGAUCGUUCAAGCUUCUGCUUUUACCAGAUAUUUAGGUAAUUUAACAGUUUGGUUCGACGAAGAUGGCGAGGUCGAUUCUUGGGAAGGAAAUCCGAUUCUCCUGGACGCUUCGAUUGAGGAAGAUCCAGAAGUACUUCAGGCUUUGGAACCGUGGAGGAUAGAUGUAGAUGCUCUUGCAAAUAGAAAAAUUGGAGCCAUCAAAGUCCCUCUUUCCAAUAAUUGUCGCCAAGCCGAGUGCAAUGCAGGGAACUUCAUUACCGACGCCAUGGUGGACGCCUUCGUAGACAAGGCAGAGAAUGUAUCUUCCUGGACUUACGCGGCCAUUUCUUGUAUGCAUGUCGGCGGUUUGCGAAAUUCCAUUGAAAAAACUUCUGGAUUCAUAACAUUCGGAGAUUUGGCCGCCAUGUUGCCUUUUGGAGAUGUCUGGAACGCCGUUGAAUUAUUAGGCAGCGAUUUAUUACAAGUCAUAGAAGAAGGGGUGACUGAUAGUUUCAGCGAAACGGAAUUCGUCGGUAAAAAACUCCUCGUCUGGUCCGGCAUUAAAGUCACCUACAAUUUGUCUAUGCCUGCUUAUUCCAGAGUAACCGAGGUUAAAGUUAGGUAAGAUACUCUUCAAGAUUAUUUU